AUGAAGCUGUUGAAGGGAAAUGUGAUUGGAUUAGACGUCGAGUACAUUGAGGAGAUAUCAGAGGAGACACACCAUCCGACGAAGAAACCUGCCCUGUUGCAACUGUGUGACGAACACUCGGUUCUAUUGAUACAAUUGAAGAAUGGAUUGGAGUCGCGAUUACCCCGUAGAACUCUUCAGCUACUGUGUGAUCCCAAGAUCAUCAAGGUGGGUGUAGGAAUUCACAAUGAUUGCGCAAGUCUUGUUCGAGCCUACAGAGAUCGGUUCUUUCAAAACGGUCAUAUCAUCAGACAACCUGUCUCCAUACUGGAAUUAUCGCAUCUAGCGCACGAACUUGAUCGUCCCAGUACAUGGGAGUCGGGGUACUACAGUCUUGCAGGAUUAUGCGAGAGGUAUUUGGGCAAGAAGCUGUGCAAGAACGGCAAUAGUCAUAGAGGGGGUUGGAGUGAUCGACUGAGCGAGAAACAAAUAAACUACGCAGCAAACGAUGUCACAUCGGCGUUGCAGAUUUUCCUCAAGCUGAAAAGUCGAGCCGACAAAAUGGGAAAGAAAAUUGACAUAGGAAAACUCUGUCAGCCAAUUGAUGUCCCUGCUAUAUGUCGUAAGGCAAAUGUCACUCAUGAUAAAAGGUGA